CUAAGCACCGCAGAGGUUGUAGGGUUUUAAGGUGGAUAAAAGUCGGCUUCGGAGGGAGGAGAAACACAAAUAAAUGGGUCAAACAGACUUUUAGCGUCGUGCGUCACUUGGCCGUCACCCCGUGGUUUAUGAUAUCAAGCUAAAAUUGUUCAAGCUAAAGUCAAGAGUAUUGGCCCAGCUAGAAACACAACAGUCUUGUGGGGAACCUGUUAGUCUACAUGCUAGCUGGUUGUCUAUUCUUUGAACAAUGGUUUUCUACUUGGUGUUCACACUUCUGACCACAUCAGGUAGGUAGGAGGAUGAGGAAAGCUAGAUGAGGUGAAAGAAAUGUUUCGAAAACAUACUGAAUGACACAUAGGCACACACUGCAGAGCACAACACAACAGCCGAAUGCAAGGGAAGAGAAGAGAUGACAAGAGUGGAGGGAAAAAUGAAAAGGUGGGUGCACAGGAGAAGAGUAGGGGGCCUGGAGGAUUUAUUUGGAAAGAUUAAAAAUGUGGGAGAAGGGUUGAAAAGAGGGGAGGAUAAAGGUAGCAGACUGUAGGGGUGGUAUGCGCGCGUCUGUGGAGGAAGAGAUGAGUGGAGGUGAAGCGGGGAGAGGAGGAGCAGAGGAGAGGAAAAGGGGUGGAGAUGGAGGAGAGAAGUGUUUGGAGAGAGGCUCAGGUGUGCGUGACUGGAAAACGGAGGAAGCUCGGAAGCUGCACAGCGCUCACAAGGCAGCUCCGGUGUGUUUGACAUUGGGACUGUACACAGUAAUGGGCAAUAUCUUUUCUCUGUGAUAGUAAGUUGCAGCUUCAUUAUCCAGCGGGACAGUGCCGGUGACGCUGGGAAGACAUAUAGGUUCCUAUAAGGUUGCACUGCUGCACCUGUCUCAGCUGUUGCAGUGAUGGUGCCACCUUGAAACCCGAAAGAAAGAGAGCCAAGUUGGAAGAAAGGAAUAUAUUGAAAUCAUCCAUUUUCAAAAACUCCUCUAUGCCGCAAGCUCCCACCAUGGAGAGGAAAGGUGUUUCUCGGACAAGUAGCUCCCUGUGACGGCUUGACACAGCAAAUCUGAGAUCUGCUCCUCCUUUUCUUACCUUAACGGACCAAGAUGAUGUUUUGGCUCCUGCUAGUUCUGUCCAUUUGGGUGGUGUCUGAUCAAGCUGACUCUGCCCAGUCCAACGAACGGCGAGUUGUAGCACACAUACCUGGUGACAUUAUCAUUGGAGCGUUGUUCUCCGUCCAUCAUCAGCCUCCCGCUGACAAGGUACAUGAGCGCAAGUGUGGCGCCGUGCGAGAGCAGUACGGCAUCCAGAGGGUAGAGGCCAUGAUGCACACACUGGACCGCAUCAAUGAUGAUCCGCACAUCCUUCCCAACAUCACCCUGGGUUGUGAGAUCCGGGACUCCUGUUGGCACUCGGCUGUGGCUCUGGAGCAGAGCAUCGAGUUCAUACGGGAUUCACUGGUCUCCUCCGAUGAGGCUGAGGAGUGGGGUGGAGGAGGCUCCUGGGGAGGGGGAGGAGGCGGAGGAGCGACGAUGAAGUGCGCAGAUCCCUCUGCCACUCCAAUGCGGGGGAAGAAACCUAUUGUGGGUUUGAUUGGACCGGGGUCAAGCUCAGUGGCCAUCCAGGUCCAGAACCUUCUACAGCUGUUCAACAUACCACAGAUCGCCUACUCUGCCACGAGUAUGGACCUCAGUGAUAAGAGCCUUUAUAAGUACUUUAUGCGGGUGGUGCCUUCAGAUGCCCAGCAGGCAAGAGCUAUGGUCGACAUUGUGAAGAGAUACAACUGGAGCUAUGUGUCUGCUAUACACACUGAAGGCAACUAUGGUGAAAGUGGGAUGGAAGCAUUCAAGGACAUGGCAGCCAAGGAGGGCAUCUGUAUCGCCCACUCUGGCAAAAUCUGGAGCAAUGCUGGAGAGCAGAGCUUUGACCGGCUGCUGGAGAGACUGAGGGCCCACCUGCCCAAGGCCAGGGUGGUGGCAUGUUUCUGUGAAGGCAUGACGGUCCGUAACAUCCUCAUGGCCAUGAGACGCCAAGGACUGGUAGGAGAGUUCCUGCUCAUCGGCAGUGAUGGAUGGGCGGACAGGUAUGAUGUGACAGAUGGUUACGUUAGGGAAGCAGCUGGCGGUAUUACCAUCAAACUACAGUCGGCUGAUGUGAAAUGGUUCGAUGAAUACUACCUUAAACUUCGGCCUGAAAACAACCAUAGGAACCCCUGGUUCCCAGAGUUCUGGCAACAUCGUUUUCACUGUCGACUUAAGGGACACCCACAGGAGAGCAGCAAGUACAACCGCACCUGUAGCAAGCGAGAGUCGCUGCGGCAGCAGUAUGCACAGGACACUAAGAUGGGGUUUGUCAUUAAUGCCAUCUAUUCAAUGGCAUAUGGCCUGCAUAACAUGCAACGGGCACUCUGCCCAGGCUAUCAGGGCCUGUGUGAUGCCAUGCGACCUAUAGAUGGUGCUACACUGCUGGACUUCCUGAUGAAAACCAAUUUCACAGGCGUGUCAGGGGAAGGAAUCCUAUUUGAUGAGAAUGGAGACUCACCUGGCAGGUAUGAAAUAAUGAACUUCAAAAAGAUGGGGAAGGACUACUAUGACUACAUCAAUGUUGGCAGCUGGGACAACAGUGGCUUGAAAAUAGAUGAUGAUGAAAUCUGGCCCAAUAAAGAUGCAAUCAUCAAGUCCGUCUGCAGUGAACCAUGUGACAAAGGACAGAUUAAAGUGAUACGUAAAGGUGAGGUGAGUUGCUGCUGGACGUGCACCCCCUGUAAAGAAAAUGAGUUUGUGUUCGACGAGUACACCUGCCGAGCUUGUGAACUGGGCUCCUGGCCUACUGAUGACCUUACAGGCUGUGACCCAAUCCCAGUUGAGUACCUGAGGUGGGGAGACCCUGAACCCAUAGCUGCUGUGGUCUUUGCCUGCCUCGGUCUAAUGGCCACAUUCUUUGUCACCGCUGUUUUCAUCAGGUUCCGGGACACCCCAGUAGUGAAAUCUUCCAGUAGGGAGCUGUGCUAUAUAAUACUAGCAGGGAUCUGCCUGGGUUACCUGUGUACCUUCAGCCUCAUAGCCAAACCCCAUGUCAUCCACUGCUACCUCCAACGACUGGGAAUAGGUCUGUCACCUGCCAUGAGCUACUCUGCGCUUGUCACCAAGACAAACCGCAUCGCUCGGAUCCUGGCAGGCAGCAAGAAGAAAAUCUGUACCAAGAAACCUCGCUUCAUGUCUGCCUGUGCUCAGCUCAUCAUUGCCUUCCUCCUCAUAUUGCUGCAACUGGGCAUUAUUGUGGCUCUCUUCCUCAUGCAGCCACCUGAGGUGAUCCAUGACUACCCCAGCAUCCGCCAGGUCAACCUCAUUUGCAACACCACUAACCUAGGUGUGGUUGCCCCACUGGGGUACAAUGGCCUGCUCAUCCUCAGCUGCACCUUCUAUGCCUUCAAGACGCGCAACGUCCCAGCUAAUUUUAAUGAGGCUAAGUACAUUGCCUUCACGAUGUACACCACCUGUAUUAUAUGGCUGGCCUUUGUACCCAUCUACUUUGGCUCCAACUACAAAAUUAUCACCAUGUGCUUCAGUGUCAGCCUCAGUGCCACUGUGGCUCUGUGCUGCAUGUUCGUACCUAAGGUAUACAUCAUUUUAGCCAAACCAGAGCGUAACGUGCGCAGUGCCUUUACCACUAGCACAGUGGUGCGCAUGCACGUGGGCGAUGGCAAAUCGUCCUCAGCUGCCAGCCGUUCUUCAAGUCUGGUUAACCUGUGGAAACGCAGAGGCUCCACUGGAGAGACACUCAGCUCCAAUGGUAAAUCAGUAUCUUGGGCACAGACAGAGCGCAGCAGUUCACGUGGCAACCACCUGUGGCAGCGGCUGUCCUUCCACAUCAAAAAGAAGGAGAACAAUCAGACUGCUGUCAUCAAGCCCUUCUCCAAAACCUCUGAGGAACGUUACUGCGGAGGGGGUGACUUGCCCCCACAUGUUCCUCUGCCCUCCCUCCCUUCCAUGUCCUCCCUGCCCACCCAUCCUGACGCUGGCACAGACAAGACCCUGUACGAGCUCUCAGAAGCAGAGGAGCGUUACUCGAUCACAUACCGGCCGCAGACACCUUCACCGAUCAGCACGGUCAGUCAGAGACUAGGGGCAGUUUUAGGAGAGGAGCCUCAGAUGACCGGUAUUCCAAAGUACCCGAGCAGCAUUUGCAGCGGCAGCAGUGGCAGCAGUUGUGGUCCUGCCAGCAGUGGCUCUGUUGUCGCUGGGAGUGAUGGUCGUUUGAUUGUUGUGGAUGAUCAGCCAGGAGAGGCCCAGAGUUCACUGAUGGAUCAGAUCAGCUGUGUGGUAAACCGUUUCACUGCCAAUAUCACCGAGCUCAACAGCAUGAUGCUCUCAUCCUCUCCGACUCACUCACACACACACAAACACACACCACCUCCUCCUCACCCCACUGAUCCGUAUCUGUUACCCCGUGAACUCCAGGUGCCCCCAACCCUCACCACCUAUGCUGAUGUCCAGCCCCUCCCACCUGUUGAGUCCAGCAUGGGGGGCCGAGGUGGCUGCCUCGCUCACCCUAUCCCUCAUUCACCUUACCCACUGCCACCUCCUCAUCCCCAGACCUCACCCUCUCUCUCCCCCAUGCGAGGAGGCCUGGUCACCUGCCUCACUGACUCCCCUCUGAGGAGGGCAGAGUUGGAAGAGGAGCUUAUUGCUUUGACUCCUCCGUCACCCUUCCGUGACUCUCUUGCGUCCAGCAGUGGCUCACCUGUCUCAGAGACAGAAUUAUGCCUGCCUCCAGUCCCUUCCCACCCUCCUCCCUCUCCCCCUUCACCCAGGUAUAGCAGACUCACACUCAGAAACUACAGCCAGAGUUCGUCCUCACUGUGAGGCAGAUGAGAAAUCGCUGAAGUGAAGAGGAGCACUCAGAAACAACAGGUCAUAAUGAGUAAAGAGGAUGGAUAGACUAAAAUCCAUUCCUCCCUACGUGGAGUAAAAACCUGAAGUAGAGGAGUCAUGGAGGACUGGUUGGUGAAUGCACCAAGCUGUGUUUGUGUUUACAUGUUCGCAGUGAGAUGCAAGUAUACGAAGCUUGCUCACGUCGUAUUUUCUUAGUGCUGUCUCUCACUAGUGAGGCGUGAAGAACAGCAAAAAUGGCCACUAUAACUUUGCAGUGUUUUGGUGUCUGUAAAGCCAGAAAUCAUUCUCAAAGGUCUAGAGCUACGUGUCAUUUAGGUUUGGGUAGUGGCCUUAAGGUAACACGGCUAUCAACUAAUUAGAGAUUGUGAAUGUGUGUGUGUGUGUGUUUGUGUGCAUGAGUGUGUUUUUGAUGUAUCUUAGUUCAUGAGAGGUCAAGGCAACAUGAAGAGUAUUGAUGAGGUAAGACUCCUAAAGCCUGUAUGGACUCAACCGUGGCUAUCAAGGACACAUCUAUAUCUGCUCAUACACACACAUGCAGGCACACGCAAACAAAUACAAUGUAAGGGAAAAACACUGUAAAUAUAUGAGAGGUCAUGGAUUUUUCUUUGAUGAUAAAAUCCAACAUGCUUCUGACAAAAGUGCAUUGUGUUAACAUACCAGGAUGUAUGUUACUCUAAAGAACUUUUUCACAAAAGCAUCUUUUAAAUUCAUUCAGCUCUUCAGUCUGUUCACUCUACAUAGCUUCCUUUUCCUCAGUCCCUCUUUCUCUUGCUGCUUGCUUUUAUCCUGCCAGUAUUUCAGUAUUUUCUACUCUACUCCAGUUUUUUUUUCUUCAGAAGUUUGAAUGUAUAUUUUCUACAUGAUUCCUGAAGCAGUUGGGACCAAACCUUUUGUACCUCUCUGUCUGUGACUUGAGAAAGAGGGAGAGGAGGGAUUGACAAGGCCAGGCCUCGUUUUACCAUAAACAGCUUAGUCAUUCAAUUUUGUUCAGGUGGAUUUAUUGGAAGAAAUCUGACCUCAAAGCUUAUUGUUAGUGUGUGACAUUUAACAGAGCAUUAUGUAAGGCUUAGCUGGAUCCCAGUCGUGACAUUUUCUCUAUACAGUUUAUCAGCAGGACACAAGUGUCACUCUUAUUUCAUCAAAGACAGUGCUUUGAAUGGGAUUAAUUGGAAUCACAAUCAUCUCUAAUGUUAGUGGGCACAGAUUGAUAGAUUCAAGCUGUGAGAGAGACCCCUUCUUGUCCUCAGCCUCUGCCAGGUUCAUCUGUUGCACAGGUGCUACGACCCUUUUAAAGAUCUCCACUCUUUUCAGACAUAGAGGGGUAGAACAGUAAAAUAGGUUCACAACUUCAAAUCAAGCUUUAGUUGGGCUUUUUAUAUAUUCUAAGAAGUUCAGAUUGCAGAACUACAUUAUUGUUGGUCUCAUGAAGCCAACUGACAAUGACUGACAUCCAGUUUAGCUAAUCAAAAUGUUAUCACAGUUUGCUAUCUAGUCAAGAGCUAGAUGAGAAGAUGGAUACCACUCUCAUAUUUGUCAGGUGAAUAUAUGGAGUCUCUGUUGGUAACAUCUUAGUUGGUGAGCUCUAGAGGUGCUAUUAGGCAGAUUUUGAUACCUUUGGACAGAACCAGGCUAGCUGUUUCCACCUGUUUCUAGUAUUUAUGCAAAGUUAACUGGCUGCUUGCUGUAGCUCCAUACUGAACAGACAUGAGAGAGGUGCUGGUUUUCACUUUGAGCAAGAAAGCAAAUCUGUGAUUUACCAAAAUAUCAAUCUAUUGCUUUAAAGUAAGAUGUGGCCUCGUGAGACUAAUCUAAAAAAUUUUAACAUACAGUUCCUGGAAUAUGAAAACAGUUGGAAGUGAAUAUUAAUCCAGGUGGUAAUUACAUUUUAUUACAGGGUUUGGUUUAUUUGGUUUACAUAGAGAGCAAUACUGUCUAAUAUUAGCAUAAAGGUCAAAUUCAGGUCAAGAUACAUCCUGAUAUUCCAGUCAUAAAUGUCUGUGUAAAUGGGUAAACAGAACUGAACUUGAUAAAGACUUCAAAACCCUAAAUAUCUAAUUUGACUAUUUAAGAUUUGGGUAAAAAUGUAUGCCUUUAAAUUGAAUGUUGUAUUUAAAUGUGCCAACAAUUAAUGAAUUUGAGUAUGCUCAGAGCAUUGCUGGGAUAUGAAAUGUGCCGAUGAAUACAUUCACUAAGAUGCUUUUGAGAAAUGGGGCCUUGGCAUUGUGUCAGCUCCCUCCACAGUGGAAAACACUCAACAAAGUAAAAGGAAAAAAAAGAAAUCUGAAGUUAGAAGGCUGUGAUACACAACUCAAACAUUUCAGACAUUUUUAUGUGAGAAAUGUAAUCUGCAGCAAAGACAUGGAUUGGUAUUUCCAACUUAAUCAGAUAAUUAGACUGUUGGUAUCACAACAACAAUCAGUGCUUCAAAAUGUUGCCUCUGUAUUAAUGUCCAUCAUGAUCUCUGUGUUUUCUGCAGCAUAUGCAUUUGUCUGCUGUGACAGCAGACUGAUGCAGAUGCAAUCCACUGAUUUUCUUUUAAUGUAGUAUUCCUGCUCUACAGUAGCCAGCAAGAACAAACUCACACUAAGUGAUUCUGUAAAUAAUAAGGGCAUGCAAAGACAGUUCUGUUUUGUUUCAGAUGAAAGUACAUUUAUUUACAUAUCAACAAAGGUGAAAAAAGAAAAAAAGAUGUUUUUUGAACUGUGUUAUAACAUACAGUACCAAUAUGUGUUACGACUACAGAAACUGUGUUACUACUCUGAAUGUGUGAGUGACCAUUCCUAUUCAAAUGUCUUGUAAUUCAACAAUAUAAUAAUAAUUAAUAUGAAUAUGAUUAUUGUGCCAAAGGGGUUAGGGAGGGUCUAGCUUACUAGCUUGUGGGUAAAUAUGUGGUUUCAUAAAAAAAAAAGAAAAAAUGUAAAUGUAAAACUGUUUCUAUUGUUUUGGAUAUUUUCUAUAUAAAUAUUCCACAUUUUCCAGUGUAAAAGCAAUAUUAUCCAUACGUA